AUGCCAGCCAUAAGAGCUAGGAUCCGUAAGAUCCACUCCGUUUCCCGCUGGCUGAUUUGCUUUGUGAUAGCAAUCCUGGGACUUGGGGCACGCCUCAUGUCGAGCCUAAAACCUGGCAAAGACUUCACAGGUGUUGGCGUUGGCGCGUUCAUUUUUGAUGAGCACGGGCGAGUGCUGCUGCUAAAACGCAGCAGCUCAGCAAGAACGGCACCAGGCGCCUGGGCCAGGCCUGGAGGUGCCGUAGACUUUGGUGAAAGCUGUGAAGCCGCACUGGCGCGAGAGAUUAGGGAAGAGACGAACCUGGAGAUCGCUGAGCCUCAACUGCUCGAUGUCACAUCCGAACCAUCUGGCGGAAGCCACUGGGUGUCAAUAGGCUACACUGCUGAAUUGGCACCCGGCUGCCAUGCAGAAGAUGCCAAGAACAUGGAGCCAGCAAAGCACGAUGACAUUGGUUUCUUUGAUUUGGAGGCCUUGCCAACACCGCUAGCAGACUUCACUGCCAAUGCCAUCCCUGCGCUGCGAGCUAUGCGAUAA